GUAAUCUGAGUGUGUUUCUACAGAUGGGUCCUGGCAGGCUGUGGACAGCAGCUGUCCUUCAUCCCGGUGUUCCGGUGUUCCGGAGUUUCGGUGCUUCAGGCCGACAGACUGAAGCCUCUGCGGCUCCACGAUGACCUGAAUGCUGAUUAUUGUGGAGAUCGACAAAGGAGACAAGGAAAGGAGGAGAUGAACCGUUUCCUGAGAGCGGACUGCAGGGAGCUGUCACCGAAGCACACCGCCUCCUCCUCUUCCUCCUCCUCCUCCUCUUCCUCUUCCUCCUCCUCCUCCUCCUCCAUCUCCAUCACCUCCUCCUCCUCCUCCUCCAGCGCCGCUGGCUCAGGCGACAGACACGCGGCCCUGCCCUCGCUCCAGACCCGGGGACCUGGAGGCGGCGGGUCGGAGCCGCGGAGAUCCGGGCUUAAACGCAGCCGAGCCGGCCGGGAGGGACGAGAGGAACCGGAGGCGGCGGCGGCGGGUGUCGCGGUGCGAGGCGGCGGCGGCGGAGAGCCGAUCCUCGGGGUCGCCAAGCAGCAGCAGCAGCGUCGGGAGGCUCAAGGACGCAGCGGCGGAGGAGGAGAAGCUCCGGAGAUGAUUUCUGCGGUCAGCAGGGACGCGGACGGCGGCGGCGGCGUCUCCGAGGUGACCGCGGCCGCUCCCGCUGCGCCAUGCGCCAAAGCCAAGGAGGAGAGGAAGGGGAAGAACGUGAUCCGGGGCUGGAAGAGGGACCGGGACCGGGAACGGGAGAGGGACGCCGCCGCUCCUCCCGCCCGGACCAGGAAGGAGAAGCCCGGGGAAGGCUCGUCCCCUCCUCCCUCCGUCUUCCUGCCCGAGCAUCAUCUGUGCCGCGACGGCCCCGGUCUGUGCCGCUGCGCCGCCGCGCCGGACUCCAGGCUCCCGGGAGACACCGGCAACGUAAACAAUAACAACAAUAGCGGCGGUAACGGCGCCGGUAAAGCCGCGCUGGAUUGUGGAGUUAAGAGCGGAGCUAUUGUUGUCCGGAGGCAGCAUGAAGACACACCGGCGGCCAAGAAACACCGAGGAGACAAGGUGGACCCCAUGUUCACAGUACCAGCUCCCCCAGCUCCAGGCCACCCCGGGGCCCCUGGAUCCUCCCUGCCCUCGGCCCCAUCCUUCUCCCCUCCAGCCCUGCCCACCUCCAACCCCAAGCAGCUGGCGGUGAGGACAAGGUCCAUCGGCACCAACACCCAGGACGGAGGUGCCUCAGGGGCCCUGGAGGGCGACUCGGCCUGCCUGGGUCCCUGCCAGCCGGGGACCAGCGUCAACCUGGAGGGCAUCGUCUGGCACGAGACCGAGGAAGGUGUGCUGGUGGUGAACGUGACGUGGAGGAAGAGGACCUACGUAGGAACUCUGUUGGACUGCACCAAACAUGACUGGGCUCCUCCAAGGUUUUGUGAGUCUCCCUCCAGCGACCCGGAGCUGCCCGGCGGUCGUGGUCGAGGGAAGCGGAUGCGAAUGGCCAUGGCGGAUCGGCCCUGCAUGGAUCCGACGCCUGCCACCAAAGUCAGGGGUUUAUCACAGCACCGGAGCCGUGGAGGCGGCAUCGCCGGAUCAACCGCUCCCAUCCACAGCAAGGGCAGGAGAGGCAGCCUAAACCUCAUCAACAGCAACUGCCGAGCGCCUCCGUCUUUCUUCACCGUGGACGACGUGAAACCGGCCAACAGCGCCACCUCGCUCUCCUCCGGGAAGCGUAAGAACAAACCGCCGGCCGAUUUGGACCUCAGCCUGGUGUCCUCAGACGACAUUAAAAACGGGAACGGGAAGAGGAUCCGAGCAAAAUCCCGGAGCGCCCCGUCAACACCGCAGGGUAAAUCCGACCCCUCAUUCAUGGAUCCGGGGGGAGGUUGUGGCUCCUCGCCGCCUCCCCCGCCCAUCCUCAUUGACUGCCCCCAUCCCAACUGCACUAAGCGCUACAAGCACAUCAACGGCCUGAGAUACCACCAGACGCAUGCACAUCUGGAGGCCGAGGAGCAGAGGAAGCCUGACCUGGAGCCCAUGAAGGACGUGGAGAGCGAGGAGCGACUGUCUGACUGUGAGGACGGCAUUAACAACGUGACGUACGACCUCUCGGAGUCCAACAGCAACACCAACAGCUCCUCCAAGAAACCCGCUCCCCUGUACAAGGUGACCACGGUGGGUUCUCCGAAGAACAGGCGGCUGCUGCUCAGCACCGACCACAGCCCCAACGCCAACUCCAAAACCAGAAGAACCUCGCUGCUGAAAGACGGCCUGAUCGAUGACCUCAGCAACCUGCCCAUCAUCUCCAACAUGACCGUGGUUCUGGAGAACUGCAUGGUCCCGGACAGGAACUCCUCGGUGGAGAUGCCCAAACUGGAAGCAGAAGGUUUGAUCGAAAAGAAGGGAGGUGCCUGUGACAAGGGCAAGAAGGCCAAUGGGAAGGUCGAGAAGAUGUCCAAGUCCAGGACCAAUCGGCCGAUCGCUCCGGCACCAGCUCCGCCCAAAUUGAUCGCCAUACCCAACACGGCGUAUCCGAGCAGCACCACGGAUCCAGUCACCUCCCAGCAGCCAUCUCCCAUGGCAGCCGUUGGCCUCACCAGUAAGAACCUCCCACUGAAACCCAUCAAACCAAAGCUGAGCAUCGUCGUGGAGCCGAGCCUCGUCAAAGCCACCCUGGUGACCUGCAAGGAGACCCGGAAGAAGGAGAAACGGAGGCUGAAGGACAAACACAACAAAGAUGCGCCAUCCAGGACGCCAAAUGGUGACAGCGGCGGGAUCAAAAUGGAGGACGGUGGCGGCGGAUCCAAAAUGGGCAUCAAGGAAAUCUCCGGAAGCCUUCUGAAGGAGCACUUGAGCAAACAGGAUGUAAUAAACGGACUCACGGAGAGCCAGGAGAGCAGGAUGGCCAGCAUCCGAGCCGAGGCCGACAAGGUCUACACCUUCACCGACAACGCCCCCAGUCCUUCCAUCGGUGGGUCAUCGAGGCUUGACGCUAGCGGUAGCUGCCUGGCAACGGGGGAUGGCAGCAGCAAGAACAACAGCCCCGCCUACUCCGAUAUCUCCGACGCCGGGGAUGAUGGGGGAUCCUCCGAAUGUCGGUCAGAUGGGCUCAGAUCCAAGUCCAGCUCCUCGGCUUCAUCCGAGGUGAGCUCCAGCAGCAACCACGGUAACUCCGGUAAAACCCCACCCACGGCGUCAGCCCCGAAAGACCCCCAGUCUCCGUACUACCAUGGCUACGAUCCCUACUACCUGCAGGGGUACAUGCAGUCGGACCGGCAGAACAGCAGCGGCGUCGCUUUCCACAAAAGCUCCCACGACUGCAAAGGGAAGGACAGAAAAGAGGAGGUAAAAGAGGACGAUAAAAGCUCCGUCCACGAGUUCUCGGAUUCGAAGAAAGGCGACGGACCGCCUCAGUCUCAGCUGCAGCUCGCCAUGAGCCAGACCCAGACGGCGCUGGCCCAGUCGCUGUACUACGGCCAGUACUCCAGAGGACUCUACAUGGACCAGAAACUGUUACUGGCCUCCAAGUGCUGCGACCAGACGCCCAAGCAGAGGGGGGCGAGGGACAGCGACGAGGUCAAGCACAUGGUCGGGGGUCCGGGAGGCAAAGGCGCCGACGGUACUAAAGGUUGCUGCCCCAAACCCGUCCUGUCCUACGUGGAGAUGAGUGAGAGGGGGGAAAGGGGGCAGGGCCUGGGCGUGAAGGUGGAGCAGCACCCGGCCGCCAUCAAAGACUGUGACGACCUCAAGUCGCCCUCCUCUUCCUCUUCUUCAUCACUCCACAACCCGAACAGUCAGACAGAUCUGGACUCAAAUGUUUCCUUUUCCAGUCCCUCAGACGGCCCCGGCUGGCCCCACCGCCUCGCUCACGGGAAAUACUCGGAGCUGCAGCACGGCGAGGAGGCCGAGGAGGGCGAGGCGGACUCUGGGAAGGAGUGGGGCGUCACCGUGGAGCCGGCCGGGGCCAAGAUGACCUCAGGGGCAGCAGAUAGAGGAGCCGAGGGGAAGAAGUCCAGACUCGACCCGCCGCCCGACGUCGACGACCCGGACCGGCUGGAGGCCCUGGAGGAACCGGGCCAGGAGGCCACCGGAGGACCGGCCGAGGAGUCCCAGAGCGCCCGGGCAGCGGUGUCGCCCCCCAACCCCCAGCAGCCCUACAUCCAGUACCAGCACUCCUCCUACCCCCCAUACCUGGCCAUGUGUGAGGGCAGCGGGGGCUCCUACAGGGGGGUAUCAUCCCCCACCCUAGUCCACAACUACCCCGGUUUCCACUACCCUCUGUACGGGAAGACGGCGGGUAGGGAGGAGUCAGAGGUGACUCCGCCCGGCCGAGGAGGAAACGUGAGCGGAAAACAGAGCGGAGACUCGUCGUCGUCGUCGGCCAUGGAGCUGCUGCAGCAGCAGAGUCACCAGUACCACGGAAAAUCCCCCGCUCCCGGUGAGAAAGGUUCCCCUGAAGGAGAGAGAGAACCAGAGCGAGAGAGGAACCACGUGUCGUUCGCCCGACACCUGCACACACACCAUCACACACACCUGGGCAUGAGCUACAACCUGAUGUCAGGACAGUACGACAUCUACCAAGGUUUGAGUUCCAGGUCUCUGGUCUCCAGUCAGCAGGUUUCAGGACACUCCUCAACCGACGGCGAAGGGAAGAAGUAGGACCAUGUGACCACGUCUCACAUGAGGAACGGCAGAUUUAUCAGACAUCAAUUCCAUGGUGUUGAAUAAGCUUCGCCUCGCUGAGAGGCAGAGAACAGAACAAAAAAAAAAAACCUCUUUCAUUUCUUACUAAUGACAGCCACCAGUUUUAUAAGUCAUCAGGAGGAGCUGACGGACGGACGGACACGGAGAGGAACUACCUGUACAAACACAAUCACUGGACUUUUCAAGCUUUCAGUUUUUGCAGUUUUGCCAGAAGCCGGCGGCGCCAAUAAAACCAUCCCACUGAGCCCGACCGCGGCCUGACUUUAUAAAUGCACAUUGAUGGUCGUGUAUUAAGACGAUGGUAUGACUGAAUGUACUGACGAUGACUCCCGAUAGUGUGGAUCGUUUUUGGUUUUUUAAACAAACUCCUAUUGGGGCAAAAACAGCAUUAGGAAGCUAAAAAGUCUAUUAUUAUCCUUAUUAUUCUCAUUAUGAUUAUUGAAGUGGUCCUCCCUCCAUAGUGCUGACGCUACAUUUGUAUUACUAACCUGUACUUGAGCGUAACCAUGUUGAUUGUAUUGUCUUUAUGUGAGAGUAAACCUUCACAUCGACCUGCCCAGUGCCAUGUAGGAACCCAGUGGUGUAAAUAUUCUGUACAGAUUCAUGGCGGAGCACUACCAUGCUUUAUCGUACACUACGUUGAUCUCCAUCAGCCAUGCAGGGCGGCAGAGAGCGGGGCGACGAACAGCUCAAACAACCACAACUUAGAUCAUCAAUGGAUGCAAGAACAAGAGUUUACAUCCACAGGUAAAGACCAAGCAUAAGAUGGGAUAGUCUUGAGUUUGUAAUGACUCCGAGAACUUGGAAUCUUUGAAACACGUGAAUCUUUGUCAGGAAAAAACAAUCAUUAAUUUUGGCUCUUUCAUAAGUUUAUUAAAGGUUUGCUGGGUCAAAAUAUACAUACAGAAAUAUCAAUAUUUGGUAAAACGUCCAUUUCUACCUCAGUUAGGUUCUUCUGGUUUCAGUCUUCUGGUUUAUCUUCAACCCCUCUGGACAGAAUUCAACUGAAUUUGUCGUCUUUCUGACUCAUUCCUUCAGGUUCUUGAUGUGUUUAAGUCAGGACUUUGGAGAGCCAAAGUCUUGAUUGAAACGCAUCAAGAACCUGAUCGUGAAUAGACAUAUAGAAAUGUUAAUUUGAUUCAGUUCUUCAAGUUUCAAUCUUCUGUUUUAUCUCUGACUCCUCCGGACACUAUUCUUACCGUCAAGCAUGGAGGUGGAAGCAUCAUUACACUGUCAAUUUAACUGGCUCAAGUCUGAGGCAAAAAGACAACUAAUUUAGUUGUUAUUCAACUAAAUUUGUCGUCUUUCUGACUUGUUUCUUCAGGUUCCUGAUGGGUUAAAGUCAGGACUUUGGCUCCCCAAACCUAUCAAGAACCUGAUCAGAAAUAUACAUACAGAAAUUGUUUAAAUUUGUCCAUUUCCACUUCAGUUUGUUUUUUCUGGUUUCAAUCUUCUGGUAUAUCUUCGACUCCUCUGGACAGAAUUCAACUCAAUUUGUCGUCUUUCCAACUUGUUUCUUAGGGUUGUUGAUAGGUUUAAGUCAGGACUUUAGACUCCUUCCUAGAAAAUUCAGAGUUCUAGGAGUCAUUGGAAACUCAAAACGGUCAUGUCUCUUUACAAGUGGAUCUAAACUGUUGUUCAUGCCUGUAUCUGCAGCUCAUGUAGGUUUGUCAUUGUUUAGGUUGCAUAGCUGAUGAAUACUGUUUUCUGGAAGCCAUGUGUUCGCCCCAGUUUGUGCUUCUUUGAUGCAUUGCCUUUAAAUUCUCUUGAAGUUCACGAAGGUUUUAAGAGCAAACAAAUUCACACACUGACAGUUUUAUGCAGCAGCAGAUUUAGAUUUGACGUGUCGACACCACGACACUUUCUAAAAGCAAAAUGCAGAAACUGCAGUCCAGAAUCUGACUUUCUGACAUUUUACCGAACUGUCUAAACCUCAUUAAGCCAUAAAAAUGCACUAAAUGACAUAAGAUAAUAUGACUGAGCAAGACUGUUGCUAGUGUGAAGAAUAAACCUGAGAAAGUGAUGCUGAAAUAAGACGCACAAGCUGGAGCUAUCAGUUACACUUUUCAUUACAAUACCUCUCUCUGAAGGAUAAUUCCAGUGUUAAAUUGAUCAUUUUUGCCGUUUUCUAGCUUGAAUGAAUUCAUCUUACCUCUGAGGCUGACAGCAUACUCCAAACUAAAUGGAACGUGGUGGUUUUUACUCAGGUAAAAUAGUGAGUUUAUGACCAAAAACACAGAAAACAUUUGGCCUCGUUGCUUGUCGGAUGCUUAACUUUGAUCAUUUUCACAUUUGGUUGCAUGACGUGAAUUUUUAAUGUGAUGUUUUAGUGUUUUGUUUUCAGAAAUCUGCAAGUCGCACGUUAAAUCUUCGACUUGUGGCGUCAUAUUCUACAGGUGUUGAAUUCAGUUUAGAGUAUAAGAUGCUGCCGGCUGAAGUGUUUUUACACACAUGCAUCCUGGUAAGGAACAUUUUAGGAACAAUAAACCAGAAUAUCUGACAGAAACUGGAGCUACGGUGAUGCAAAAUGGACACACACUGGAAUUAUCCUUGCAGUAAAAUGCUCAUACUUGUAUUUUCAGUGAUGAUAGUUUUGAUAAAUGCUUGUUCUCGCUCGUUCCGUCACCCUGCCUCUGCUCCGAUGCUUUCUACAAGCGAACUAGCUCAUUGCAGAGCCUCUGAUAGACGGUUUGUCCAUCGGCGUCAUACCACUGCCAGAUAUCCAGAACAGAUGAAGUUGAUUCAUAAAAACCCAAAUUUCUCUUAACGUUUUGAGGUUUGAUGAUGUUCAUUAUCAUUAAAAUCACCUCAAAGGAGCUACAAACGAUGUUAUUGUUUGGAAACUUAUUUCUAACCAAAAUUUGCCCAAAAUUCACUCUUAAAUCAUUAUCUUAAUACCUGGAAAAUGUUCUAAAAAUGCAAUGCUGGACUAAACAGCCGGUAUCACAGUGAGUUUGUAGGUUGGUACUAGGAUCAGCUCCACUAAUCUUGGGCUAAAUCUGCUUCACUACUUGCUCAGAACUUAGCUUUUCAAGCUAGUUGAGAUGUGAUUGCUUUCCUUUCCGAUGACUAAAACAUGCCAAAUUCAUAUUCUGUCAGUGUACAGCAGCAGCUGAUUUACUGCUGAGUAAAUUUAGCCGAGCUGUUUGGUGUAUUUGGCUAAAACAGCUGUAAUCUAGUUGUUGCUAUGCUCACAUUAGCUCCUACUAGCUGUAUGAGCUAGUAUGCUAAAUAGAAGUAUAAACAGUGACACAUUAUUCCGACAAAAUCACAUUGCAGUAACUACAUAUCUGGCUAAUGCUGAGUUGCCGAUGCAGUGUUUAUACCUGCAGUGACUGAAUGCUAGCUAGUUGCAGCUUGCUAGUGAGCAAGACUUAGUAGCUAAUUUAAACAUUUCCUCCCUUAUUUAUUUUCUUUAAAAAAAGAAAUGAGUGCUCUAACACGUUAGAACUGUUAAAACUUUGUUUUUUAUCGCAUAAAUAAUGCAGGACCUAAAUAUAUCCAUAAAAAGAUCAAUCUAGAUAAAUUAGCGCAGCUGAAAGCUGGCUAAUUAGCUAAUCUAGCUAAGCAGAGCUGCUGAAAAAGCUGCCUCCAACGCCUGUUAAAAGUACCAAAAUUUGAUUUUUUCCACGUUUUACUUACUAAACAAACACUAUUUUGGCAUUGAAAUUCACAGCUGUUAUGAAAAGUAUUUAUAAAUAACACAAUUGUUAAAUGAAAUGUGACUGCACUUUCGCGAGUUACGGCUAGCCAGUGAGCAAACCUGAGCUACAGCUAAAUUAGCCUUUUUUAUUUUGUGUUUUUUCUGUUGCAUUUAAAGAAAUAAUUUAAUGCUUUAACUCAUUACUAACUAAGUUUAUAUGUUAUAUAAAUAACUGGAGCACGUAAAUCUAGUCAUAAAAAGUAAAGAAGAUAGAACCAGCUAAACGUCUAAUGCUAAAAGUCUGGUGGCCAGCUUAGCAGAGGAGGAGUAAAUUACCUUUGAUUUGUGUAUUUAAAUCCUUUUAAUGAAACAUAAACUUGUUCAACUUUGGCUCAUUAGUGCAGAUUGACAAGAAAGCUGCAAAAUUAACGUAUUUUGUUUUUAGACACAACAUUUUUCACUUUGUAGAAUAAGAAUCAAAUUAGGUGAAGCUAAUUUAGCUUUUUUUUCUGCUUCUUGUUUGAGAAAAAUAUUUUAAUGCUCCAACAUCUACCAAGGGUCUGAGUUUUCAUACCACAUUAAAAAUACAGCAUUUAACUCUAAUGGGGAAGAAGUUAGCCAGUUAGCUUAGCAUAUCAGAGUAGCAGCUAAUGCAGCUCUGCAGCCUUUAAAGGAAUUCAUGUGAUUUUAUUUCAUGACACUGCCUUUAAAUUAUAAUUUAAACACUUCAAACUAAAGGUAAAUAUAUAAAACUUUAGUUUAUUGGCUCACAAUUACUAACAUUUGGCCUGAAAGAGCUUCAAAUUAAGUUAAAAAGAGAGCAAGAAAGAGUCUUUAAGCCAUUUAUUGUCACCAUUCCUGCAGUUACUGCUCUCUGACUUUGUUUUUCAGUGUUUUUGUGAUAUUGAACGCACAACAUAAUUCAGAUUCAGCUGUAAUGCCGUCAUUUAUGACGGAAAUAUGGGUUGGAAUCUGUAUUUACAAGAACUUACCGAUGUCUUCAUGCUAUAUUGUGUAUUAAACCGUUAAAGCUCCGCCAAGGCGCCAACAUGGCCGACACCAAACGUCCCGAUGGCGCUCGUCGUCUAGCAGCGGCUCUGCCUCACCUACACAACACCUUACCUACAUAGUAUCAGUGAUCAUUCUAUUACUUGAAUAUAGUGCUAUGAACUCUGUUUACAAAAUGCUGUCGACUUUUGGGAGACACGGUGUUGUCUUAUCGAGGCUGCUUGGUUUGUUCAGUCCAUCCACCUGCUGAAUCCAGUUAAUAACUCACUGAAACCGUAUAAACAUGAAACCUGCUGUUGCUUUUUUAUACUGUAUAUGCCUUAAUUCAUAUGUUUGGCAAUCAUGAUUAAAGGAUGUUUAUAUAUA